AUGAAGCCCGUGCCUUCCUCCUCCGUGUCCGUCCUGGCGGCGCCCGUAGAGGUCCUGGAGCUGCGCGUGUCGGAGGUGGGCGACCGCGUGCUGGUGGUGAACGUGACGGCGCGGCGGCGGCAUCAGCUCCUUGGAUGUCUGCAUUUGGUGCGGCAGGAUCGUUCGCAAUCGAUGGCAGGCGAGGGAGCACCGGCUUCAACAGCCUUUGCAGAGGUUGCUCGAUGA